CCACAGAACAUUGAGCUGAAGGUGGAGGUGGAGAGCCUGAAGCGGGAGCUGCAGGAGAAGCAACAAGCCCUGGACAACACAUGGGUGGCCGCAGAGAACCAGACGACCCGCAGCCAGGCAGCUCUUCGGCAGCAGUAUGAGGAGCGACAACGGGAGUCAGAGCAUGUCUACGAGCUCCUGGAGAACAAGAUCCAGCUCCUGCAGGAGGAGGCCAGGCUGGCACGGAGUGAGGCCGAGCAGGCCACCGCGCUGGCCAGAGCCGAGGCGGAGCGGUGCCGGGAGCUGGCAGGGAAGCUGAAGGAAGCUGCAAGGACGAAGGACGAGGACAGGAGCGAUGAUGGCUGUGGCGCCGUAGCCCAGAG